GACUCUUACACUGGGCUGGAUUUCAGAGAAAUGGUGUUCUGUUCAUCUCCCAAGCUUUCAGCUGGCUUUGUCUUACCUCCAUCAGAUGCUCAUGGGAUAGGUCGACAUGUUGAUGACACAAUACUAUUAAGACCAUGUGCUUUAUGACAACAACUGCUGAUUGAGGGAGACAUGCCGUAUCUGCACGGAUUCCGGCGCAUUAUCUUCGAGUACCAGCCGUUGGUCGAUGAAAUCCUCAAGGUUGCAGAGUUAGAGGAAGUGAGAAGCGAGGCAGCCAGUGGGAACCCAGGAAGUGUGGACCGUGAGCCUGGAGCAGGGAUGGUCACUUUGCUGGAAUUGUUGGAGAGAGAGUCGGGAUCGGCCUUCUACCAGGAAGCUGUCAGUUCCUCCCUGCUCAAAGUGUCUGAGGCUGGUCUCCUGUCUGCUGCUGAGCAGCUGCUGCUGCAUGGAGCUGACGUCAGUUUUGAAGAUCCUGUCACAUACUACACGCCUCUGCACGUAGCAGUCCUCCAUAACCAGCCUGAUGUGGUGGAGCUAUUGGUCCGGCAUGGAGCAGACAUCAACAAGAGGGACCGAGUUCACAGUAGCAGCCCAUUAGACCUGGCGAGUGAAGAGGUCGAGCGCUUACCGUGUCUGCACCGUCUCCUGGACCUCGGUGCGAAUAUCAAUGGGCUUGACAAGACUGGGAAAUCCGCAUUACUGCACGCUCUGGCCAGCAGCGAUGGGGUUCAGGUGCUCAACACCGCCAACAUCAAGCUGCUUCUCGAAAGGGGUGCGGAUGUGAAGGCGAGUAUGAUCGACGGUGACAACAUCUUCUCGUUUAUCAUCUUCCUGUUGGGGGAGACAGAAGGUCGAGAGCAGGAAGAGACUGAGACCCUCAGGCGCUUCUGCCUCCAGACAACGGAGCUCCUCCUGAGUCACUCUGCUGAUCCUGAUAUCUGUCAGCCUGAGGACUCCCUCAUCUACACCUGUAUCGGGCAGUUUGAGGUCCACAUUCCCCUCAUCCAGCUUCUCCUGGACUCUGGAGCUGCCUGCCACUGUCCUGAGCACGGCCCCAGCUGCUGGUCAGGCUUCAGCCUGCUCUUUGAGAGACUCGCCGUGUUGUUAAAUGGCCCCGAGUCUGUGCUGCCGCACUCCGAAGCCUUACGAAGGGCAGAGAGAACCUUGGAGCUGAUGCUGGCGAGUGUGUCCCAGGCCAGUCUCCCUCCGGCCUGGGAGAUUAAGCCCUCGGCCUACUCCCGCUACGCGGAGCAGGUGAUGUUACUGGCCAGGCCCCUGGCACUGCAACAGGCCUCUCCUGCCUCACUGAAGCACCUGUGCAGGGUGGAAAUCCGCCAACUCCUGCGACCUGUCCCCCUGCACGCCAAGGUGAACUCAUUACCCUUGCCCAACCGCCUCAAGUGGUUUGUGUUGAUUGAAAACAGCAAAGAGGAGGAGGAGGAGGAGGAGGAUGAGCGGGAGGUAAUGCAGCACUAACAACUGACAGCACCUUGUCACACUUUGAGGCCUGACCUGACUCACACGUUGGAGAUACUCUUUUCUUCUUAACUGACUUUAAUACUGGGUCAGGAGUGGCUGGACUUUGAAACCUGAUCCCUGUUUUGCUGAGUGAGCCCUGUACCAGGCCCACACCAGACUGCCCUGUGUGUACUCCUGCCUUCUGCUGUGCUGUGUGGGAGCUGAUGGUGCAGGUUUGAUCUGCAAGGUGUGAGGGUGAUGUCUACUGGCUGUUGGUCCCUGGGAUGGGAGGGAGGGGGGAUGUUGGGGGCGGUGACGGGGGGGGGGUUGGAUGGUUGGGUGUGAGUUGGCUGCAGUUGGGCCCCUGCGCCUCUCUCUCAGCAACCGAGUGGAAUGUGAGUCUUGGCUAACAGUGAGCACCCGGAGGGGACCUUCAACCCCAGCCUGAGUGUACUGCUGUGUGAACAGUGACUCCUCCAAAUUCACCCACCACACUGAGGCCCUCUGCACCGUUCAGAUCCUGGUGAACAGAUGCUGCAUUCAGCUCCUGGAGACCAGCUCUCCGGCCUCAGCAGCCUCAGCUGAGGGAACACUGUGCCCUCACAGCCUCCUGCCAGUCACUGAGACUUGAAGCUGAAACACCCCUCACCACGAGGGAUUGGCACAGGGAGAGAGAAGGCAGUGAUCGUGUGGGAAUAGGGACAGUCAGGGUGGAGCACGGCAGCCUAAUGACAGACAGGCUCCACUCCCUGGGACCUUGUAAACACUGACAGACACCCCCAGAGUAAAUCAGUCAGGGUUCCUCUGCUAUUGAUACAGCCUCAGGCUGAUGGGGAGGUUUUACCUUUGCCUGGUCCUGGUGAGGACAGUAAACAAUGAAUCAUUAUUCCCUUCACCACCUCAAGGAAAAGUAUCAGAAACAAAAUAUUUCACUGAACAGGGUUGAUGGAUCAGCCUGAAAAACAUGCCGUUUGAUUUUUACACUUACAUUUUAUAAUUUACAAUAAAAAUAGUUGUGUUUCAAUGUUUCACUUUCAAACAUC